GAAGCCAACGAAUUUUCUAAAAAACUGUUAGAGGAUGAGGAAAAGAAAAAAGAAAAUCGUCGCCGUUGUAGUGAACGCUUUAGCGGGAAAUAUUGGGUGAAGAUGCCUGUAUUUCUUACCUCCAAAAAAGACGCGCGUGCCGAUAAACUUCCUUACAAAUCAGAAGACAAGGAGAAUAAACGUGCUAUUCGAGAGGAAUGGCUGCCUAAGAAAAAACCUGUACUUGAUAUUAACGACACUAUACCUCUUGUAAACUCCGUUGGAAAAAAUCUGACAUUGGAUCAUCAUAAUAAUUAUCAACAUUCGGUUCACCUUUUUUAUGUCAUACGAUUUUUUCUUGAACUUUAUCAACUUUUAAACCUUAAAGAUUCAAAUAUUGUUUCGAUGCCAAAUUGGUCAAAUAUCUUAAAUUCCAAAAUUUUUAAAUUAAUAUUUAAUAAUAUUAGACACUUCAAAGAGCAAAAGUCAUGGUUAGAACUUAAAAUCGGGCUAGAAUGCUUGAACCAAAUGUCAAAAACCCUUGAUACGGUAGGUUCAAAGAGUACGAAUGAGGACCAUGAAUCUCGUAAUAAGGCCCAACAGUUACAACAUCGAAUUUUGAACGACAAAAAAAAUUUGGAAUUGAUUGUCGAUGUUGUUAAAAGUUCUUCAAAACAACCCGUGAGUUUUCUUCGAAGUUUGGUUGAAACGGUACACCGGCUUCUAUCUACGCUCGAACGAGUUAAAUCAAGAAAGUAUAUCUACGUUAAACAAAAGCGCCGAGCAAAUAAACAUAGUAAAAACAUAAAAUAUAUUAAAGAUGAAUAUGAGUAUAGAGUGGAUAAAAUUGAUUCUUGUGAGCAAAGAUAUCGAGCAAAAGCAUUUGAAAAAUACGAGAUGUGCUUUGUUAAUGAAGAGGUCCUAUCAACUUAUUGUGCACUACUGGAUAAAGAGUACGAAACAAUCGAUUUGGAUUUUCAUUACAUAAAUACAAUGUUUUACCGUAUCUUUUCUUACUGUGAGUCUUCAAUUUUCUUAAAGUUGUCAUUUAUGGAACUCUUGAAUCGCGUUCUCGAACAUUUUAAGGAAUUGACCGAUUCUUUCCAUUUGAAUUUGAAUAAAUCGCAAAUUAAAUUCAAAGAAUUCGCAAAUAAAAUUGUUGAAGACUUUGCUGAACGAAUGGAAAAAAAUCCAUUAUCAUAUAUUGAACUUAUAUUUUCUAAAACCGAUUUAUUUUCACUAAAGAAUGGACAUGAAUCAUAUAAUCAAGCCUUACUACCAGAAAAAUUAGAACAUUUGGAAUUCAAAAAACAAGAGGAACUGCCUUUCGAACUUAAAGUUGAGCAGUGGAUUGAAAACCUUUUAAGUUUACUUAUUGAAGAAGACAAACUACACUUGAUUAGAUGGCUUCAAGAUGUUUUACGUCAAUUUGCUGAAGAGAAUCGAGUCAUUGAAGAUGGUGAAAAUAACGUUACAAUAAAUAUACUGGAUAAUUUCGAGGAUCGUUUUGUUAUUAUGGCUGAAAAUGCCGAACAAUGGGACGCGUUAGCCAAUGAUGAGUACUUUACAGCACUUCUUAAAAUGUUCAAAUUUGUAAAGAUUGUUGAUGAGGAUGGAAUUCGAUGGAUAGUUUCAGAUUCAUUAUCUAGUGCCGAUCUUUUUAAUUUGGUCGAUAAAAUAGAUACAAAAAUUAAAAUUAUUGAUAUAAGAAAGCAACAAGAAAUAAGUAAAGAAGAAAAUGAAAUUAAUUAUAGGAAGAGAAAAAGGGAUGAGGAAGAGUAG